CUAGUUUAGUCCCUUUAUCCCGUGAAGUAGGGCUCAUCAUUAGCCCCCUUUUACAGAGGAGAGAAUUGAGGCUUCGAGAGAGAGAAACUUGGCCAGCAGUUUCCACUCGGUCUGACGCCCUCGCUGCCCCGCCGGGGACGGUGGCUGGGCGCGGGGAGCGGGGGGCGGCGCAGGCGGGGCCCCGGGCAGGGGCGGGGUCGGGGCGCGGACAAAACGGUCGCGAGGCGGCGGGGCGGCGGACGCAGCCAUGGAGGCCGAGGGCUGCCGCUACCAAUUUCGGGUCGCGCUGCUGGGGGACGCGGCGGUGGGCAAGACGUCGCUGCUGCGGAGCUACGUGGCGGGCGCGCCUGGCGCCCCGGAGCCCGAGCCCGAGCCCGAGCCCACGGUGGGCGCCGAGUGCUACCGCCGCGCGCUGCAGCUGCGGGCCGGGCCGCGGGUCAAGCUGCAGCUCUGGGACACCGCGGGCCAGGAGCGCUUCAGGUGCAUCACCAGGUCCUUUUACCGGAAUGUGGUGGGUGUCCUGCUGGUCUUUGAUGUGACAAACAGGAAGUCCUUUGAACACAUCCAAGACUGGCACCAGGAGGUCAUGGCCACUCAGGGCCCGGACAAGGUCAUCUUCCUGCUGGUUGGCCACAAGAGUGACCUGCAGAGUGCCCGCUGUGUCUCAGCCCAGGAGGCCGAGGAGCUAGCUGCCUCCCUGGGCAUGGCCUUCGUGGAGACCUCGGUUAAAAACAACUGCAAUGUGGACCUGGCCUUUGACACCCUUGCUGAUGCUAUCCAGCAGGCCCUGAAGCAGGGGGACAUCAAGCUAGAAGAGGGCUGGGGGGGUGUCCGGCUCAUCUACAAGACCCAAAUCCCCAGGUCCCCCAGCAGGAAGCAGCACCCAGGCCCAUGCCAGUGUUGACUCUAGGAGAGAAAGGGUUAAAGCAGUCCCAGCCUUAGCCCACCUCGUGGGAUGGGGAGUGUUAGUAUCUCUCUGGAAGACAAAUGACAGAAGGGUUCAUAUAAACAGUAUCCUGACACAGUCAUGCUUCCUGGAUUUUGGAGUUGAGGCUUUCUACAGAAAAGAAAGGUCUGAUGGCCAGGCAUGGUGGCUCACGCCUGUAAUCCUAGCAUUUUCGGAGGCCAAGGACAGCAGAUCACCUGAGGUCAGGAGUUCGAGACCAGCCUGGCCAACAUGGUGAAACCCCGUCUCUACUAAAAAUGCAAAAAUUAGCCAGGCGUGGUGGUGCAUGCCUGUAAUCCCAGUUACUCAGGAGGCUAAGGCAGGAGAAUCGCUUGAACCCAGGAGGCAGGGAUUGCAGUGAGCCAAGACUGCGCCACUGCACUCCAGCCUGGGCAACAGAGUAAGACUCUGUUUAAAAAAAAAAAAAAGAAA